AUGCAAGGGAAUCAUAAUGGUGCGUUUCCAUGCUUGCCAAGCAACCACAAGGCACAAGCGUCCACAAACCACGCUUGGCAUUUGGAAGUCGUUUACACGCUUGUGAAUGCGUCAGUGUGCUACGUACAUCCAAGCAUGGCGGACACCGAACUUGUAUCGGCUAUUACGUUUGGUUUAACCUACUUUUAUUUCAAAUAUAAGCAAAGUAAAACAAAAUCAAGGAAAGCCCGACGACCACGAAGAUGGUGGGAAAUCGUACCAGCAUCUGGUGAUUCUUACAAAAGCCUACACUACUUGUUUAAAGUAUCUGUCCCUAUGAUAUCAAAAAUCAUUCGUGAAGUUUGUCAAGCUCUUAAUGAAGUUUUAAAGGAUCAAGUUAAGAUGCCCACCACAGCAGAAGAAUGGCUUAAAAUAGAAAAAGGAUUCAGGACCAAAUUCCACAUUCCAUAGGUUCAUUGGAUGGCAAGCAUAUAGUCAUAGACAGCCCAUCUCAUAGUGGAACAGAGUAUUUCAAUUACAAGAAAACUUUUAGCAUUGUUCUUUUGGCAUUAGUGGAUAGCCAACAUAAAUUUAUAUUGGCAGCAUAGGGAGUCAAGGAAGAAUAAGUGACGGUGGAGUUUUUAACAAUUCGUUAUUAUGGCAAAAAAUCUCUAAUAACGAGAUACAUUUUCCCUCGCCAUGUCCACUUAAAGGAUCGAAUAUAAAUGUGCCUUACAUAUUUUUAGCAGACGGUGCUUUUGCAUUGAGCAAACAUGUAAUGAAGCCCUACCCUGGAAACCAUGACGUCGGUUCACCAAAAAGAUUAUUUAACCAAAACUUAUCCCGCUCCCGAGUUGUAGUAGAAAAUACGUUUGGAAUUUUAACUUCAGUGUUCAGAAUUUUUAGACGCCCUAUGGACUUAGAUCCACAAACUGUGUCGAAACUUACGAUGACUUGUGUAUUGCUACAUAACUAUUUGAGAACAAGUAAAAGUUCCUCAAAUCGAUAUACUCCUCAGGGAUCGUUUGACGUAUAUGAUAGUAGUGGAAAUAUGGUGACCCCUGGUUCGUGGCGAAAUGAAAUCAAUGGAUAUAAUGCAUUGCAAAAUUUGCCUUAUGUACCACGAAGAUCUCCGCUGAAUGCCAGACAAAUCAGAGACGAAUUUACUUCGUAUUUUAGUAGAAAUUGCUAAGUUCAUGAAAAUUAAAAAUAAAAUUAUUAUAAAUAAAUGUGGUUUCAUUGAUUUAAAAUAAAC